AUGGCAUCUCUCGAAGAGCUUCUCGACAGCCUACACUACCUUUACCCGGCUCUAGCUUUCAUCUACUUUGUAGUUGCGUCGGCCAUCGCCGUCUGCACUCUCCAGACUCUCCGGGCUGCCAACAGCCCUGGAAAGGAAGUAAUUCCUCGCUCUUGGAUCCUCAACCUCUUCGUCGCCUCUGUCUUGACCUACGUUGCCCAGCUUGUCAUUAUUGCCAUUCAAUCCAUCCUUCUGAAAGAAUGGAUUGGCCAAGAGCAUGAGGUUAUUGGCCUGCUCUCCUGCGUUCUUGUCUUCGGUACUCAGCUGGCCUUUCUUUCUGACACGGCCCAUCCCGUGUGGACGCCUUACUGGGGGUCAUGGCUCAUCUCCCUGGCACUCGAGCCCAUGAUCACUGUCCCAGACUUGAUUCUCCGGCGGUCCAGCACCUUCGAGCAUUGCCGCAUCGGUCAUUUUGUCUUCGCCGGCCUGCGCUAUUACCUGCUCCUUACCAUCUGCUCUGUCUACGUCGUUCAGCGCAUCCGAGCCAGUCAAGAAGAGGCUUCGGACGAAGAGCGACAGUCUCUGAUUGGGCAGGACGAUCCCAAGUCGCGGUUGAGUAGCUCCGGGAACGGUAACCAGAGCUCUAGCUCGACUUACGGAACUAACGACCCCCCCGAAUCGGUUUGGGCAGAGAGACAGCGGAAAGCUCAAGAGGAGAUGGAGAAGCGACUCCAGGAAGAGGGGAACUGGCUUACCUACAUCAAAGGCUUCACAAUCCUGUUCCCCUACGUCUGGCCCAUGGGUCAGAAGUCCCUACAGCUACGUCUUGUCCUCGUCGGCCUCUGUCUUCUUGCUGGCAACGCCCUCAACCUCUUGAUUCCCCGCCAAUUCGGCAUCAUCGUCGACGAGCUCAAGGACCGGGACUUCACUGGUGCUUGGAUUGGUGUGGCCAUCUACGGUCUGCUGCGAAUCGCUGCCUCCGAUGCCGGAAUCGAGUUCUUGCGCGAAUGGCUGUACCUCCCACUUGAGGUCUAUGCCGACGGAGCUCUGAGCACAGCUGCGUACCGACACAUCUUGAACUUGUCUGCGGAUUUUCACGAUUCCAAGAGCACGUCCGACAUUAGCUUGGCCAUGUAUGGCGGUUCUAGCAUCUCUGAUCUCCUGGAGUCCAUUUGCUUCCAGGCCCUCCCCAUGUUGAUCGACUUGGUUGUCGCUGUUGUGUACCUGUCAGUCAUCUUGGGACCCUACGAAGGUCUCAUCACCAUUGCCACGAGCACUCUUUUCCUCUUCAUCGCCACAAAGAUGAUUGCUGUUAUGAAGGAACGUCGCCGAGCUCAUGUCAACGCACAGUAUGCUGAGCACUACGUACGACAGACUGGCAUCACUGGCUGGCACACUGUUGCGUCCUUCAAUCAGACGACGUACGAGGACGUCCGCUACACCAACGCCAUUCACACCCGCAUCAACUGGACCAAGCGUGUGCGUCUCGGUUGGUUUACGGCACAGGCGUUUCAAUCACUUGUCCUCCUUUGCGGUCUUUUGGCUGGUGCCAUUCUGGCCGUCUACAGAAUCAAGAGCAGUAAGGCCACGCCCGGCGACUUGACGAUGCUCUUGAUGUACUGGGCUCAGCUUACCUCACCUCUGCGCUUCAUGGCGAGCCUCGGCAAGAAGAUUGGAAGCGAUCUCAUAGACGCGGAGCGACUACUGGACAUUAUGAAGAAGGAACCGACCAUCGUCAACAAGAAGGGGGCACGACCUCUCAAGCUUGUCGGUGGAAACGUCGAGUUCAACAAUGUCAGCUUCACGUACGAUAACAAGAAGAAAAUUAUCAACGGAAUUACUCUUUCCGUUCCUGGCGGCCAGACAGUGGCAUUCGUCGGCGCUACUGGUGCUGGCAAGUCCACUAUGUUGAAGUUGUUAAACCGAUUUUACGAUACUAGUGAAGGUUCCAUCCUGAUUGAUGGGCAAGACGUCCGUGAAGUGGACUUGCACAGCUUGCGCGACCGGAUUGGUUUGGUGCCUCAGAACCCAAUUCUUUUCGACGACACGAUCAUCAGCAACAUCCGGUAUGCGAGAAUCACGGCCUCUGACGAAGAAGUCUUUGAAGCUUGCAGGGCAGCUUGCAUUCAUGAUAAGGUCAUGACUUACACGGAUGGCUACAACACCCGGGUCGGUGAGAGAGGAAUUAAACUGUCUGGUGGUGAACUUCAGCGUGUCGCGAUUGCUCGUGCUAUCCUCAAGCAGCCCGAGAUUGUUCUGCUCGACGAGGCGACGAGCUCUGUGGACACCGACACUGAGCAGAAGAUCCAGCAGUCGUUCAUGCAGCUUUGCAAAGGACGAACAACUUUCAUAGUAGCGCACCGACUUUCGACCAUCAUGAAUGCCGAUCGAAUUGUUGUCAUUGAAGAUGGCGAGGUCGUCGAGCAGGGCAGCCACACCGAGCUUAUUACGGCCAACGGUAGAUAUGCCGACCUGUGGUCCAAGCAGACUUUCAUCAAACCCAAGGACGAGGGCUCCGCCGGCACAAAGAAGUCUACCGAUGUCAGCGCUCCCAAGCCUAGCGGCACGUCGAAGGCCAAGGACACGCCUAUUGUGCAGGCGGCUCAAGGUUCGCAUGCCACGAGCAAGACGGGCAAGGGCAACGAAGGCACACAAACUCCCGGUAACCACAAGAAAGAGGGAACGCGUUUGAACCCCGUUGCACCCGAGUUCACACCCAAGUCUGCAGCUCUCGCAAGCACAUUGAACUCGACACCCAAACGCUAUGCCGUUCCCAAGUUGGGGACUCGGGAUGUCUUGGAGGUUCACAAAAUCAAGCCAAUCUUGAGCUGGGCCAGUGCUACCUCCUCAGAUGACGACUCGGCCCGGGUUUCCGUUGUUCCAUCUCCUACCAGGGUUGCCGGGAGACCUUCUGAACCAGCCCCGACCACAGUCGGGGUUUCUUGCACCCCCAAAAAAUAUCCCCAAGGAACCUCAUCAAACGCCUUGGCCACUCAAGCUGACCUGGACCAGAUUAUGGCCAUGGACUCGGAUAAUGACUCUGUCGAUACUGUUAUCAAAAUCGAAGGGCCUCAGUUCAGAACACCUCACGCCAUCUCCCGUCGAUUCAAUGCUAAAAGUGAUUCGACGGGCGCACCGAUAGGAGGCAAGAAUGGCAUCGACCAAGCUAGCGAUGACUCGGAUGAGCUCACUCCUCUGCCUCAUCAACAUCCUACAACUCGGGCAAGGGCAGGGCUUAAGCGUCAACAAGAGCUUCGCCAUGUAUCUGCCCCAAAUGCAAAUUUGGAAGUCGUCACCCCGGGACAGGAGAAAGUUAUGUCUUCCACAGGGCACAUUCCAAAUAUGCCGACAGGAAACCAGUCAUCCGAGUGCACUUCUCGCAUUCCAGCUGACCCUGGCUCGACUUUGACGGCUUCAGUCAAUGAAAACAUUCCACCGAAGCUUCCUGCCCCAUCACAUGCCUCCACGUCACACCACUCUAAUCAGCAACGGGCCCAGAGGGGAAGAUCCAACCGCGGUAAGAGUCGUGGGCGUGGCCGCCAUGGCAAUACCAAAACACCAGGCGUCGCUGGAGCCCAAACUCAAGCCCAUCACAAUCACUGA